AUGGAUGCUUUUGGCAGUCUCCUUCCCCCAGUGGUUGGAAAUGGUGACACGGCUAAUUCGCAAGAAUUACAAAAACUUCUGAUUGAUGAAAAAAUGCGAAGUGAACAUCAUAAAGCAAAUUAUCAAACUAUAAAGGCAGAACAUCUAAGAUUACAGGAGGAAUGUACAAAAUUACAAGAAGAACUGAAGCGGUUGUUAGUUGAAAAGCAGACUGCACAUGACAAAUUUCAGUUUCUUCUUGCUGAAUAUCGAGAGGAGUUGCUGGGUAAAACACAAGAGCUGGAAAAACUGAAGUUGCAAGUGCUAACUCCUCAAAAGUUAGAACUGUUAAAAGCACAAAUACAGCAAGAAUUGGAAUCUCCUAUGACAGAACGUUAUCGGAAGCUGGAAAAUGAAGUGGAAAAAUACAGAACAGAAUAUAACAAACUUCGUUAUGAACAUACUUUUCUGAAAUCAGAAUUUGAACAUCAAAAGGAAGAACACACACGUAUUUUAGAAGAGAAGAAAAUAAAAUAUGAAGCUGAGAUUGCAAGGCUGGAUAAAGAUAAAGAAGAACUCCAUAAUCAGCUGCUUAGUGUUGAUCCCACGAGGGACAGUAAACGUGUGGAGGCACUCUCUAGAGAAAAGGCACAACUUUAUCAGAAGUUGAAAGGCUUAGAAGCAGAAGUUGCAGAACUAAGAGCAGAAAGAGACAAUUGUGGUGUGCAAGCAGAAAAUGUUCAAAGAGUACAAGUACGACAGUUAGCUGAGAUGCAGGCUAUGACAAGGUCUCUAGAGGCAGAAAAGAAGUCUGCUGAACUGCAGAUCGAUCGAAUUGAGAAAGAACUGCAGAUGAGUCAUGAGCAAAACAUUCUCUUAACUAGCAAACUUCACAAAUCUGAACGAGAAGUCAGUUCCUUAGCUGCUAAAGUGGAAGAACUUAAACAUUCACAUAAAUUGGAAGUAACAAAUGUCAAACUGGAGGCAGCAAGAACAAAGAGUGAGGUAGAAAGAGAGAGAAACAAGAUUCAAAGUGAAAUGGAUGGAUUGCUGUCAGACAAGGAAAUUCUUAAGGCAGCUGUUGAACGUCAUAAGGUGCUUUUAGUAGAAAAGGAUCGGGAGCUAAUUCGUAAAGUGCAAGCUGCCAAAGAGGAAGUUUUUGAAAAAAUUACAGCCUUACAGGAUGAAAAGUUAGAACUCGAGAACAGAUUAGCUGAUCUAGAGAAGAUGAUAUUGGAGCAAGAUGCUUGGAGACAAUCUGAAAAGGAUCAAUAUGAAGAGAAACUACGUGUUGUACAGAUGGCAGAAGAAUCUAGCAAAAAGGAACUUCAGCGUUUGCGAUUAAAAAUUCAACAGCAAGCUAUUCAGGCAGAGGAACUGGAAGAAAAGAAAUGUGAAAGUGCUGAUCUGAAACAGCAAAUUCACAACAUGCAACUCCAACUUGCCUCAGUUUCUCAAUCAGAAAAUGAUUUGCUCGAGUCUAAUCAGAAGCUGAAGGAAAUAAUAGAGAGAUUGAAACAAGAAUGUCAACAUGCAAGGACUCAGGCAGAAAAAGCUCAGCUGGAAACAGAGAAGACUUUAGAAUACAAACGUAUUGAAUGGCUGGAGGAGAAGCACUUGCUUACUCAGCGCAUCACAGAGAAAGAAGAGAAAUACAACCAAGUGAAGAACAAGCUGUGUCGAGCUGCUGUUGCUCAGAAGAAGAGAAAGAGUCUCAAUGAUAAUAAACAAAGGAGGAUGCAAGAGAAACUAGAACUUUUGGAAGCCACGAUAGAAGAACUAGAAAAAGAAAACCAGGUGUUAAACAGGCAGAAUGUUUCCUAUGAAGAAUACGCACGCCUUCAGAAGAGACUAAAGGACUUGCAGCGUAGGCACAAUGAAUUCCGGAGUUUAAUUCUCAAUCCUAACAUACCAUCACUCAAUCCCGUCACUACAACGUCAUCAUUUGCUUUUCCUCCUGGGCCUGAAGUGUCCUUCUCCCUUCUUCAGGAGGAACAGCAUCAAAGAGAGCUUUCCCUGCUCCGCAAGCGGCUGGAAGAACUAGAAACCACACAGAGAAAACAGCUGCAAGAUCUUGGGCCGUCUAGAGAGCGAGCAAUGGUGGGCGCGUACAGGGGCUUGGCGGGAAAGAAGGUCGCUGGAGAAGGCAACGCACAAAAAACGAAGCCUAACAAAUUGCCUUCACAUUAUGAAAAUCUUCUUGGGGAUUGUCAUCAGGCUGUAGUAACAGACAACCGAGUAACCACACUGCGUGUGGCGACGUCGUUGUCAUCGGUUUCCCUGUUCUCCCAGAGGCUGAUGUUUGGUUUCCCACAGAGCACGUCGGUGCAAGGGUCGUACUGCGCGUCCCUGGGGACGUUGUUGGACUGCUCUGAGGAACGCGGCGUAACGCCUCGCAGUGACAGAGCUAUUUCUGCUGUCUCUGGCAGGAUUGCUGCGGCAGGAGGAGCUCUCCGUGCCAGAGCCCACUGUGCCAAAUGGGAUGCUCGCCAACGCGUGCCAGCCUACGAUGGCUGCCAGGAGCCCCGUGCUUCUGUCCCUGAUGCUGGUUACGUGGCCGCCCACGAGCCUCCUGCCUGGUGCCGGAGGGCAGGGAGGGCACUUUACACAGACUGGGGAAGCCCUGGAGGGCAGAAGGGUAACAGCAGGAGGAAGAAGGAUGGGUGUCUGCUGGGCUGUUGGCUCCCCUUCCCAGUCCCUCGCAGGCUCUUUGCUCAAGAGAGGUGA